CAUCAACCCUUCCACCCAACAAUAACAACAGGAAGCAGCAGCAGUUCACUGUCAUUUUCUCUGACAUUUCCUGUUAUAUUUCUCCCCAGACUCGAGAUCGGUAUCGAUCAUGGCGCCGGCGCGGGACGCCAACGUGGUGAAGCUGGCGGUGGAGAUGAGGACCCUAGAGAACAAACCCAUCCCAUACCUGGGAGAGUUUAGUCUCCAGCAACCUCUGGCAGCGUUCAUCGUGGAACUGUGUACACACUGGAAAGUGGACAACCCGGAGUUCUACGCCUUACAGUACACCGAACCCACCUGCCAUUAUGUCACCGAGAAAAACAGAGGAAGGAUUAAGGAUGGUACGGUGCUUCACCUGGUGUAUUCUGCCGCUCGAACGGCGGACGAUAUUCUGCAGAAGAUGAAGAAAGGUCAGCUUGAUGAGAAGAAAGAGGCGCUGGAGAGUCUGGUCAAGCGAAGCUCUGACAUCACCUUUGCCCAUGAGUUCAUCUCCAAGCAGGGUAUCAGCUUGUUAAUCUCUUUCAUGGAGAUGCAGAAGAACGAGUCACCACUCCUGCCGAACAUUCUCUCCUCGUUCCUGGAACUGAUGGACCAUGGUAUUAUGUCUUGGGACGACCUGCAGCCAAGUUUUAUCGGAAAGAUGGUGUCGUACAUCAACGUACAGGGGACGGUGGACACCCGUACACUCUCCACCGCCCUCACCAUCCUUGAGAACAUUAUGCUAAACAGCCAGACCAACUUCGCCACGGUGGAAACACAGAUAGCACUACCUAAGCUCCUCCAUCACAUCUCCAACAACAAGAAAGUGGAUAUCCAACAGUCAGUGUUGGCCGUCAUUAAUGCUCUCAUCCAGAAGUCUGACCUCCAGAAGAAGAAGCAGUACUGUACAACAAUGUCGAGCCGUCAGUACCGCACCAUCCUCAUCAACAACGUUCUCAUACACACUGAGAGUGGCAGUGUUGGAGCAGACAUGGCACACCAGCUGUAUGUGCUGCAACAGCUGCUUCUUAACCAGUACGAAGAGCGCAUGAACACCAGCAUGGACGCCAACGAUCAGGAUGCCACUGACAAGAUCAAGGAGCUGCGACGCAUCGCCUUUGAGUCUGAUGGCGAUUGUAACAGGGAUGUUACGACGCGUCGGCCAGAGUACAAGAAGGAAUAUAAGAAACUUGGUUUCCGUAACGACAUCAACCCUGCCCAGGACUUCAUGGAUAUACCCCCGGGGAUGCUGGCUCUUGACAACAUGGUCUUCUUUGCCAGGAACCAUUCUGACCAGUAUGCCAAGCUGGUGUUGGAGAACUGUUACCGCGCAGACUCGCAUGAGUGUCCAUUUGGUCGAGCAAGCAUCGAACUGACCAAACUCCUCUGUGAGAUCCUGCAGAUAGGUGAUGGGCCAACCGAACAGGGCCAGACGUACCAUCCAAUGUUCUUCUCGCAUGACCACGCCUUCGAAGAGUUAUUCUCCAUAUGCAUCGUGCUUCUCAACAAGACCUGGAAAGAGAUGAAGGCAACCACUGAGGACUUUAGCAAGGUGCUGAGUGUGGUGCGCGACCAGAUCACCCGCACGAUGAACCAACAACCAUCAACCCUCGACAACUUCCGCACUAAGAUCAACAAUCUGACCUACGCUGAGAUUGCUGAGAUCUGGCAGCAGGAGAGGAUCAACAACGAGGAGCAGGAGAUGCAGGCACCGCCCAUCAAAGAACUGCGGAGACAACUGGAGCCGGAGAUUUUGGAACUAAUCCAGCAGCAUCGUCUGAGGUUCUUGGUUGAGGGAACGAGGUUCAAGUCUGCCCGUGGUGUGAGGGCCAAGGACAAGUUCCGUUACUGCCGACUGUCUCCCAACCACAAGUUUUUUCACUAUGACGACUGCGAUGAAAAGGCUGUGCCAACUAUAGAUGAACUAAGCAAGAAAAUCAGCAUUGUGGACAUCAAGAGUAUUGUAACUGGCAAGGAAUGUCCUCACAUGAAGGACAAAACUGGAAAGAAGAAUACAUACCAGUUGUCUUUCUCGCUCAUUUUGGAAAGCAACAACGUCAAUGAGACUAACAGCGUAGACUUUGUCGCACCCGACGAGACGGUCUUCAGCUACUGGGUGGAUGGCGUCAAUGCACUUCUGCGUCAACGGAUGCCAAGUCUUGCCACAACCCGGGACGUGGAGAUGCUCCUGAACAUGGAGAUAAAGCUGAGACUGUUGGAUGCUGAAGGAGUCAUGAUACCCCAGCAGCAACCCAUGAUACCACCACCACCACCCAACUACAACUUCUGCUACCAGCUGCCAUGAGGGAGCAAACCCUCUCUGGCUGUGGUGGAUUUUACGUGCCACUCCAGGUCAGGCAGUCAAAUGUGCAAGAGCAAGUAUAUAUCAUUUUACUUUUGUUGGUAAUGUGCAAUUGACAGCCUUCAAAAACACUUGACCAGGAAAACUAGUUUGGCCUCAGACUGGACUUGAACUCUUAUAAAGCACCGGGGAAAUGGGAAGAAAUUAGGCUUGAUUCAAGGGAGUUGCUCCAGUUCUUUGGAUCAGGAAUUCCUCUCUGAUGAAGCCUGAUUAAAACCAUGAUCCAUAGUUCAUCAAGGUGUCUUGUGUCAGUGAGGGGCUCUUGAUCCAAGGAACUGCCAUUAUCCUUCCUCUCCUUAGAUCAAACUCUAACAACUCACAUUCCCCAGGUUUACUGUGACCCCUGCAGGUUUAGCACCUCUCUUAAGCUACAAGUGCCCCAUAUUACAUCCACACACUUUUACAGCUGCCAAGCUAAAGUGUGACUAUUUCUAUACUUGUGAAAUGCUAAACCCAUAGAUGUUGUACAGUGUCUGGGAAAUGGGAGGCACUUGAGUUCAAUCCAAGAUGAAUCCGGUUAUUUGACCCGAGAUCAUCAGGGCAUCUCCCUUGAGGGAGACUUGCUAUAAACGUGUAAAACAUUAAGUUUAGUAUGACCGAGUGCAACCUAUUGGUAUAACAUUUCACCACAAAUUAAUCAAGCAGCAGUCACAUUGUUUGUAGUGUACACAGAUAACCUGCACAUAGAGAGCUUAUGAUAAUGUUUCGAUCUGACUUUAACCAUUUACAAAGUCACAUUAUAACAGGAAGGAGAGAAGUAGACAGUAUAUACAGGCCAGCUGACAGGGACAGGACAAGAGAGGUGGUAGGAAAGGAAGUGGAGUCAAACACCAUGAAAGAGGAGCACUGCAGGAGAGCUCAGGGCCCACAAGGGGUAAGAACGGAAACACAGGGAGGGGGGAAGGACCAAACACCCAAGGCAGAAAGUUAACCCAAUGAAGGAAUAGGAAAAAAAGGGAGAGGGGAAGUAGAGAAUUUUUUUUCUCCCUUCAUUUUUUUUCCUAUUCCUUCUUUUGGGUUUCCUUUCUUCUGCCUUGGGUGUCUGGUCCUUUAUUUCCCCUCCUCCUAUUUUUAUUCUUGCCCCUUGUGGGCCCUUAGCUCUCCUGCAGUGCUCCUUUCUUGGUGUUUGACUGACUCCACUACCAUUACCUCUCUACUGCCUCUCUUGUUCCGUCUCUGUCUGCUGGCCUAUAUGUACUGCCUCCUCUCUUUUGUUAGUGCAACAGACUGAAACGUCGUUGUAAGCUCCUCUCUCCUGUGUGUGUCGUUCCAGUUGCGGUAUUGUGCCUUUUUGUUAUUUGAAGUACCUCCAGGCCAGGUGAUUGGGUGCCAAGUAGGCGAGGCUAGAGCAGCAAUUCAACAGAUCUAGCAGCCUAUACUAGGUUUGUUUCUGUAUUCUAAUGUGAGAGCUGCGAGUUUUGACAGCGAACAUACCACCGUUUUGAUGAUGGUAAAAAGACAACAAACGGGGACUUUAUUUAGUACAUUUCACCUACACUAGGCAUAAUAAAGUGCAUACAUUAGCUAAGGUGACAUCAAAAUAAGUUAAGAUAACAUUGCUGAGUUACUAAUGUUUCAGAAUAGUAAUGAUUGCUAAAAUAUAUCGUCUCUACAACCAUCACAGAACAGAUGCCAGGUAUAAUUACCCUCAGCGUGCUUUUAGUCUGAGAUGCAUUUCGUGUUGUCCAUCCUGAUGGCACAAGUGUUCUUGUGAAUGGGUAUGCAAGUUCCUCGAUGUAUCUGUGUACACAACCACAACUCCCACACGAGAUAUUGCACAUCACUGCAGUGACCAAUUUCUUUUAUAUUUUUUGUGGCAAGCACAGCUACUCUGGUGUUAUCUGUAUGUAGAAUAAGUGAGAUUGAAGUAGCUGGACUUGCCACAAAACCUAUAAGAGAAAUUACUAAAACAGUCACUGCAGAGAUAUAUAGUAUUUCACGUGGGUGUUGCUAUCAUAUGUACAUAGGAGUAACAUCGAGGAACUUUCAUAACCGACUACAAUUAUUAUUAUAAUCAAAAAGAAGCGUUAAACCAUAACCGACUACAAGAAUACAGACAUUCCAGCAGGAUGGUCAACACAUGAAAUGCUUGUGUGGUACACAAUGACCUCCAGACAAUGUAAGGUUGUCUUGAAUCAGCCGCUAUAUUUGUUUACAACCACCACAGAGAACAGAGGCAGAUAGUUUUAGCGACUGGUUUUGCUAAAAUGUAUGGAAAAAAAUUACUAGAAGCUUAGCAUGUGAUUCAGGCCACUUACAAUGUUACCAGACUCCACUUCUCAACACUAGAUGUGCAUCACAAGAUUUGACACUUUACACCUCAUUAAGCCUCGUGUAGUGAAACAUACUAAAUCAAAGUCCCCCUUUGCUGUCUUUUUACCACGGUCAAAACGGUGGUAUGCUUGCUCUGUCAACACUCGCAGCUCCAACUGUACGACAAGAAACCUAGCGUACGCUGGCAUUAUAAUAAUUAUGCAAAACAACCACUCUGAAAGAAUAGAGAAAUUCCAAGCGCUUUCGUGACUACUCACAUUAUCAAGGAACUAUCAUAGUUCCUUGAUAGUGUGAGUAGUCACGAAAGCGUUUGGAAUUUCUCUAUUCUUUCAGAGUGGUUGUUUUGCAUAUUCUGAAAUCACCUGUUUACUGUGAUCUUAUUGCUAUAAUAAUUAUAAGCAUACGCUGGUAGAUCUGUUGCAGUAUUUCCUUGGUUCUCUAACUUCAUGCACUCCACACAGCCUCACCUGGAUGUUGUACACACAAUCCAACUUUAUUAUACUUCGAAUGCUUCCAGUAAUUUGGGGUGAAAUAUUACACCAAUACUCUGCAAGUUUUAUCAUACAGUUGGUGCUUUACCAUCUCUGUAAAACAUUUAUAUUUAAGAACCAGUAUGUGUCGUAUAUUUUAAUAUUUAACAUUUUGAUUUUAACUACAGUAUUAAUAGUUUAGAAGCAAGAUUUUAAUCUUUUUUAUGUAAUAGUGUAAAAUAAAAUAUUAAUUUAUGCUUUAUAUAUUUAUACUUUUUCUUAGAAGUUUAACCAUAGAAGUCAAGUGUCUUAAUGGGAGGAUCAAGAAUUCCUCAAGUCACAGAAUUAACUAAUGUACUAAAACUCACCCAAGACACUACCUGGUGUGCAGCGCCAGGAUCAUCUGAACAAGGCCGAGCAAAACUUACCCGUUUAGACAACUGCAUUAUCUAUCAGCCAUUAAUGGUGGUGGAAGUGACAAUGUUGGGUUAUAUACUAUUACCAGUAGAGAGGUCCAGAUAGAUGGUCAACUCAAGUUUCACCAUUAUUAUUAUAAUAAAGAAGCGCUAAGCCAUCAAGUUUCACCAAACAUUAAAUUUUCAGUGAGGAACUGCUGUAUAGCCCUUGUGGCUUAGUGCUUUUUGAUUAUAAUAAUCCAGUGGGGAAGAACCCAACCACUAGCAAAUUUAGAACUUGACAAAGAAAUUGUUGUGUAGUAACUAGCUUUUUUAAAACUGGAAAUAUUCCAUUACUGAAGCAAAAGGAGAAAAGGGCCAUUACUUCACUGAUGGGAUUAUCAUCGUCCCCUCAGUCACACUGCUCCUGGGAAAAUUAAGCAUUCCAAUUCUCUUAGAGUUCAAUUCCUCUUAUAGAAUCUCUCACUGGCACCAAGUUACUUUUUACAGCACAAUGACCCAUGCAAGUUUGUAGUUAGUUUUGUCGUCUAACAGCAUAGAACUACCUACUAUGAAGGCACGUUUUUCUCAAUUGUGGGUCUACUAAUUUCCAUAUAAAGCACUAAACCCAAGACUAGAAAGUUACCCAGAGUAUUAAUACUGCCGUUGUCCACACUACACUGGAAGAGGCCGACUUGGAAUUUCUAAAAGUUCAAGUAUGAAAAACAAUUUAAAAGUAUUUUCAGUAACUAAAACUACACAAAGAUAAAGAAACUAACAAA